CGUCUCAACACUCAACAUGGUCCGCGCACUGUUCACCGCCAUGGUCCUGGCCCUCGUGGUCGCUUUCGCCGCCGCCGGUGGAUUCGGUGGAGGUGGAUUUGGUGGACACUCUGGUGGAUUUGGCGGUGGAAAAUCCGGUGGAUUCAGCGGCGGAGGAUUCAGAGGUGGAUUUGGAGGUGGACACAGAGGCUUCGGUGGAGGUUCCGGAGGAUUCGGAGGCGGACACGGAGGAUUCGGUCGUGGAUUUGGAGGAUAUGGAGGGUAAACCAUGACUUCGCACCACCAUCUUGGCCACAGAAGAUGGCAUUUGUAUUUCGAUAAUAAAAUUGUUAUAACAAUAAA